AUGCCUCCCCGAGUAAACAGCUCUCGGGUCACCAAUUCCCUUCUCCCCUACAUCUCCGCAUCCUCGACUUCCUCCUCCUCCUCCUCCUCCUCCUCCUCCGUCUCCCUACUUCAGAAUCCCUCUCAUUCCUCGCCUCUACUAUCAAACUGCAAGUCACAAUGUUCUCAACGCCCUUUUUCAUCCUCAUUCACUCCUCAAACCCGACUACGGAGUCGUAUGUUCGAAUGGUUGAACGGAGAGGGCGCUGCCUUGAAACAUCACAUUCCCGGUAGUACAAACUACCUUACCGACCUGAAAGAGCGGAAUAGUGCGGCAAGGGCCCGAGAGAAUGCAUUGAAGGAUCCAUCCAACGCUGGCGAGGCAGAAGAGGAGACCGCCCCGGCAGGCGGUAAUAGGCCUUUUCCUCUCAACCCCGCGUUCGUCAGCGAACCUAUCCUGAGCGAGGCGCUUCGCAAUGAGAUCUACAAGCGAGUCGUAGAACAAAAGAAGAGCGUGCGGUCUGUCAGUGUUGAGUUUGGCGUGGAUAUGAGAAGGGUUGCUGCAGUAGUGAGGCUGGUGGAGUUGGAAAAAAGAUGGAGAAAGCAGGGGAAACCUCUUGCUCUUCCAUAUGCACGGGCCAUUCAUGAGAUGGUCCCAACGACACCGCUGGCUGAGCCAGGGCAGCGUCAGAAACCGCAUGAAUCGAUCAAUGAUCUCCCAGUCCAUCGGCUGACUGAUCCACAAAUAUUCUGGCCUGUGUCUGAGUCACGACAAUUUACUCGUGUUGACGCCGGUCGGGUCUUUUCAGGUGCCCCGGCUGUGGAACACGACAAGGAGCCACCGGUCAACCUCGAAGACCCGUCCGAGACGACGAGCAAGCUCAUGCGGAAUCCAAAACAGAUAGAGCGUGUUGGAAAGGGUGACGAGGAACAUGAAGUCCUGCUUCCGGCGGACUGCCGUAUUCCUCACCCACAUCUGGUCACUUUCGAGCGCGAUCGUCUUGAAAACCCAGGAGAACACCGCGAGCGAAUGCAGAGAUAUGAGGAGCGCCUCCGGGAAGUGGAGGAAGCCGAGCAAGAGCGGAGGAGACAGGCGAAGGAGCAGCUCGAGAAGCGGAUAACCAAGGUGCAGCCAGAAGGGUCUCGAUUCGAGUUCCGGUUCAAGGACGUCGUGGUCAGCAAGGAGACCACUGGUCCUGACGGACGUGGGACUGCAGCUCCAGGACACCGGUAUGGAGUGCCCUUGGAGGACCGGAAGAAGGGCCAUGUCAAGAUUCCAACCAAGGUCGAAGUUUGA